AAAGUGGAAAAAUUUUAGAAAAGAAGGGGUAAGAAAAAUUCAAAGCGAGGUUCUCGGGAACCAAUCUGGAAGGAGAAGGGAGAGAGGAAGGGGGUGGAGAGAGCGAAGACGAUGGCGAUGUUAGAGAUGAACAUUAUUGGGGUAUUCAUGGUUCUUAUGUUGCUUCUCAUCUCCCUCAUCAUCCUUUUCGCCUGCAAGCCAUGGCGCUACCUUUCUCGUUUCCGAUCCUCCCGUUUCUCUUCUACCUUCAAGUUGGGGGAUUUGCAGAGACCCCUUAUAUCUGAUGAUGGGAAUUUGAUCCAAGGCCAAACCAGUGAGGUCACAAGGGAAUAUGAUUUAGAGGGAGCUUGCUAUCAAAAUGAAGGGCUUUUGCAUUCAUCUCUGACCGAAGGACGUGUUUACAAACAAAGGCUUCCUUCUUCAUCUCCCCAUUUCACCCCAGGUGAAAGCUUGGUUCUAGAAGUAAUUUCUGAACCUUCUGAAAAUGCUUUGGUGGGCCAAACGCUAAAACUACCAGAUGAAAAAGGUACCUUGGCAGAAGUGCAAACGUAUGACUGGCAGGAUAACAGAAGUCAAAAUCUGCAACAUGAUCUGGAAAAGGAUAGACGUACUGAUCUUUCUCCGAGUUUCGUCAAAGAUCAAAGAAGUUGGAUGUCCCUGGAGGUCAUUGCGGGUCCUGCCAUUGGGCUAAAUUGAAAUGGGAGCUGGUUGAUAUGGGUAGCCUAAAUGGAACUCUCGUAAACUCGCGGUCAGUAAGUCAUCAUGAUGUAGGCAGUCGGAAGUGGGGUAACCCUGUCGAGCUGGCAAGUGAAGAUAUAAUAACUUUGGGAACAACUACAAAGGUCUAUGUCCGUAUCUCGUCUCAGAAUGAGUUUCAGAUACCCUUCAAGAUUGGUGUGGCCUCAGAUCCCAUGGCUAUACGUCGAGGAGGCAGGAAACUUCCAAUGGAAGAUGUCUUUCAUUACAAGUGGCCGCUUCCAGGGGCAAAUAAGUUUGGGCUGUUUUGUGUUUGUGAUGGACAUGGGGGAGCAGAGGCUGCUCAAGCCGCAAUCAAAAUUAUUCCUGAGAUUCUGGCGAAUAUUUUAUCAGACGCGCUGAGGAAGGAGAAAGUGUUAUCACAACGGGAUGCUUCUGACGUCCUUAGGGACGUGCUUGCUAACACAGAAGCUCGCAUGGAUGAUUACCAAUAUGAGGGUUGUACAGCUACCGUUCUCUUGGUGUGGAAAGACGAUGUAGGAGUUUUCUUCGCACAAUGUGCCAAUCUUGGGGAUUCAGCAUGUGUUAUCCAUCUUGAUGGGAAUUAUAUACAAAUGACUGAAGAUCAUCGAGUGAUUAGCUUGUCCGAGAGAAAGCGAUUCCAAGAGGCAGGACUAUCAUUGAGAGAUGGAGAGUCUCGGAUCUUCGGUAUAAACCUUGCAAGGAUGCUUGGGGACAAAUUUCCAAAACAGCAAGACAGCCGUUUCAGUGCAGAGCCAUAUAUAAGCCAGCCUGUGCGUAUUGAACAAUCUAGUAAAGAUGUGUUUGCUCUGUUGGCUAGUGAUGGGUUAUGGGAUGUGGUAAGUCCGAAGAAAGCUGUGCAGCUCGUACUUCAGAUGAGAGAGAAAGAGAGCGGGACAGAGAAUAUUGGAGAGAAGAUAGCAAACGGUCUGCUGAAUGAAGCCACAGCGAUGCGUACAAAGGACAACACCUCCAUCAUUUACUUAGGUUUCGAUACUUCCCUGUAAUGUUAGGAAAAAAAAAACCAUUUAAUGUAUUUGGGAAGUGUCGUUAAUUUGUGUACAAUCUUUUGAUUUAUAUGUGCUAGUGUAUCACUAGGGUAUAUGAGAGAGAGAAAAAAAACCUCAGUUGCAGAGAGAGAGAGCUUUUAGGGUGGGGGUCUGAGCGAGCGAUGUUGGUUUCAUCUCUUGCUUAUAUAAUAUUAAUAAUAUCUUUUAUUAAAAAAAAAAUUCUAACUAAUUUUUUUCA